UAGGAGUGUCAAAAAUUUUCUCCAAUGCAGUGCGGUGGUGUCGUUGCUUUGUUUGCUUCUCCUUGAAGGGAUAUAUUUUAACAUCCGAAUUAGGUUGGAUUUUUUAAUUCCGAGUACAAAGUACCCCAUAUUGCGUCCAAUGCCUAUUGGUAAACGUGGGCAGAAUGCUACGAAAUAUGACAGUGGUUACGCGAUGCUGCAUCAUGCGCGGAGUUUCCGUCCGAUUGCUUGAGUACGUGUGCGCCGUUCAUGCAAUGGGAUAGAGGGUUAGAAAACAUUGAUGUUAAAAAAGGAAGAAAUUGUGAACCGCUUUGCAUCGCGAACUUUGCCUUCGUUAUCCGUACGUACCACGCACAACAUCUGAUUGUCGCGUAGUCGCGUACAUUGUGUCAUGUUUAUUGUAAUGCAACAACAAGCUUGCGCCGAAGAGAAAAGCCCAUGUAAUAACGCAAACCAGUUUGUAUUGCGUCAAUUAUGUGCCCUUCAACCGCAGUAUUGAAUUGACUUAAAAUUCGCUCUCCUCACCAACGCGGAGUGCGGAAAACGAACCCAAAGAAGACGCUUGCGAGAAUAAAACAAUGCCAAAGUGAAAAAAAGAAGUGUAAUCGAUAAUGAAAACCAAUGAUUAGACAUGCGAAGAAAGUAUAGAUUCGAGGUGUGUAAAUACGCGAGAUAGGUCGCGACGAGUCUUGAUAAAUCGUUCAGCUGUUCGGGUCCCGGCUGCAAGUUUCAUCGGCUGUGUUGUGAUAAACUGUGUCGCCAAAGGACAAACGGUUUAGGGCUAGCGGUACAUGUACAUAUAUUUUCCAUAGCGAUGCGUCCUUUGUAAAGCACACCAAUACGAAAAGGCGAUGGAUGUAGCGCAGCGGAGGGGUUUAACAAGCUUUUACCUCUGUUUAGUUUGCUGAAAAUGUUAUAAAUAUCGGUUUGUGUGCAUUGGUGUGUUUGAAACGCGUAAAGCGAUUAUUCUUUCUAAACGAAUAGUGCAAUUAAUUGGAGCAACAUUUGCAGUAAGAUGCAUGUCGCAAGUCUCGAAAUGAUACAGCCUCAUUUUGAACCGGCAGCCAUCGAUUACCAGCAGCAGCAAACGCACCACCAGCAGCAACAGCAGCAAAAGCAACAGGAACAACAGCACCAACAUACAGCACAGCAACAGCAACAGCAGCAGCAGCAGCAGCAGCAGCAGCAGCAGCAGCAACAGCAACAGCAACAGCAACAGCAACAACAGCAGCAGCAGCAACAACAGCAGCAGCAGCAGCAACGCCAACAGCAGCAACAGCAACAGCAGAUUUCCAAAAUUAUCAGCAACCCUCCACCAGCAAUCGUUAGCGCCCCAAAUGGAACAACGAUGUGCGUUGCCAAACUUAUGAUUGGGCUCGAUCAUGCGCCUCCAGCAUUUAAUGUGCGAUCGCGUGUUUUGGGCGAUGGAGGCACAAACUUAAACUACAUUCGUACUGAAACCGGUGCUAUAGUCACACUCCGAGGUCGUGGAUCCAUGAAUCUUGAACCGCAAACAAUGCAAGAAGCUCCCGAACCCUUGCAUUUGUACAUCGAACAUCCAUCGUUGGAUGGGCUGCAGGGUGCUAAACAGUUGGCGAAAAAUUUAAUCGAAACUUUGCAAGAGGAGCUCACCUUUUUUCAGGAGAACAAUAUUCCCAAAGCAAACUUUCAGCUAAUACCCCAGUCGAAUAUAGUGCAAACAACCCAAGUCACGCAAAUGCCCCCGAUUUUGCGGACCCAGCAUGUGACACAGCCGAACGGUAUUAUUCACCAACCGCCACCGACGGUGCUGGGACCUCCACCUCCAAGCUUUGUGCAGCAUCCGCCUGCCUUGCCGCAGAGCCAGCCCCCGCCACCGCAGAUAAUUCAGCAGGCGCCUACAAUAAUACAGUCACACGUGCCAGUACAAAUUCACCAGCAGCCGAAUAAUGUCGUAAUCUCACAAAUCCAGACCACAGCACCUCCAUCGCAAAUAGCAAACGUAAGCAAUCCUCCGCCGGGGACUCAAAUACGUCCGCCGAUAGUACAGAUCAAAAACUCGCCCGCUGGAACACACCUGUCCCAGCCGCCUCCGAGCAUACAGAUUCAACAGGCGCCUGCGGAAGCUCCGCAGCAAAUCAUUGUGAAUCCGGCACCACCAUACCAGGUGCAAUACAUACAGCAAAAUCCAUCCAUUCAGACAAGCAGUGGGCCCCAUCCAAGUGGACAGGUUACGAUUCAGCAUCUUAUUCAACCGCAAUCGCAACCAGUCCAGGGAAUUGUACAAACAACAAUACCUCCGCCACAGUUCGACCAUUUUCAGCGGCCACCACAAACCCAGCAAAUCAUCACGGUGCAGGGUAGCACGGCGUUCAUGGUGCCGCCGCCGAACAUUAUUCACCAGACGGCGCCACAGCCACAGAAUCAAAUCAUUUUCCAAACGCAGCAACCAAUCCUGACGCAUCAUCCGCCGCCAGAAUUGGCCCCCAUGGGACCGCAAGCGCAGAUCAACCAGCCGACCGGGAUGCUUAUAAACGGGGCAGACGCGAAGAAGGUCGGUGGACCGGCGGAGCUGCAAAUCAAGCAGGAUUCGCUCAAGCUUGACGAGGGUCCACCUCCCGGGACCAUACUGCAGCAGAUACCGACUAGCGGCCAACUAGCUAAAACAACUGUGAUUCCUGUAUCGUCAAUACCGGGCAUACCGAUCAGCCAACCGCCACCACCGAUCAUGUCCGUGCCUCCCCCGACAGUGCAACAUAUAGUCGGCAAUACGAUCAUUACGUCGCAACCGAACGCGCCAAUCACGCAUGGUGGAAUUCCGCAGCAAAUUUUUAGCCAAAUUCCGGUGUCGAUUCAAUCGUUUGCUCCCGCUCCGCCGCCCCAACAAAUGCAGGUUAGCGGGUCCCAUUUUGUCGUCAGCGCUCCCCAACCAUGGCCUGUCGUUACUCCUCAGGCCGCAGGACAACAAAUACAGCAAGUGCCGGUCAGCACGGUCCCGAGCAUCCAGAUAACUACGCAACCCAUGCGAAACCCGAAUGAAAUUCACAUCAUUAGCCAACCCACGAUUAUCAGUGCUGCAGAGUACCGUCCGCCGGCAUCACAGCAACAGCAAAUCAUAGCGACUAGUGCAUUUAACCCGCAAAUCCAACCUCCACAAGGUGUCCAGGUGCAGUUUCACACAGUACCACCACCCACUCAGCAAAUCAUCACCAGCUUGGCCAAUGCACAAACGCAACCACCACCGCAAGCCCCACAGUCGCAGCUGAUGGAAAACCAGCAAGGACCACCACAGCAUCAGAUUAUAAUAAAUGCGCCGAUUCCUCCGCAGCCACCUCCACCACCCCCAUCGUUUACCACUGUACAAUAUUCUACCCAGGAAGCCCCAAAGCCCAAUGUGGAACAGUUGCAACAACGGCCACCGCCACCACAACCGCAACCACCACAGCAGCAAACGUCGCUUAGUAUAGCUGCACAAUCCCAACCGCAUGCCGUAAUGCUGCGUCCUGGUCAGAAACGUAAAAUACCAGAUGACGACGUUACUAAAAAUAUGCCACCCAAGAUAGGCAUGGGUUCAAUUUAUGGGGGCAAUGUGUGUAGGAUGAGUGGCGCCGGAAGAAACUUGCCAGUGGGAAGCAAUGGAGGAAUCUUGACGGCAGCUCAAGCCAAAUGCAUCAUGUCAUCGGUGUCGACUGGUACGGCCACUACGACGUCCACAACGGGCGUCGGUCUAAUAUCGUCUCAAAUGUCUGCAGAUCAUUUAGUAGACUACAGACGACAAAAAUAAACGCAGGAUCUCUAGGCAGCCCGGCUGAUUCGAUCCAGGACGGCAAUCAGACCAGCUCGACUAUUUUGGUGAAAUAAUUAAACGCAAACCCGUUGCGUUGCGCCGGACUUGUUAACCAGACGAUAGCUCUAGUGCAGCAGAAGUAGAAGAAUAGGGCUCGUACUUUGGACGGGAAUGGUAGAGUAGAAUACCUUUGUUUUCAAUUUGUACGAUAACCGGCGCUAAUAUACGGCAAAGUAAUAGCAUCAUCAAAGCGAGCACAACGUUGUAGGAACACACACAAUCUACGACAACUACCAGAUUUUAUAUCUGAUUGAUAUUGUUAAUGUUGUUAAAUAAUUCGCGCUUUCCGUUUCCGAUCGUAGCUGUGGUAGCAGGGUAAACAUAUAUAUAGCUCCGAUGUUCUAGUGUGCAGCAAAGUGCAGCCAUGCACAUCUUUUUACAACAGCCCGGUAACCUGCUGGCACACGAUUGUCUAGGGAAACGACAUUGUAUCAUAAUGUAAUUAAAUCUAUUUCGAUUUGUGUAGUAUGUACAUCCCUUUUGAAUUAAGUUUGGUCUACAAUAAUAUCAGCAUGCAGCACUAGGCACGCUCUUGAAUCAACAGUUGUGAGAUUAAUUUUGUAGCGACUGUUUUGUAUCCAAGCUUUGAAUGACCGAUGAGGCAGGGAAAGUCAAUAGUGUAAAAGAACUGUUUCACAAGAUGUUGUGAACUUCUAGGAAGUGGUGGAAUUAUUUAUAUAAUUGUGAAUAUUUUUUCCAAAUUUUUGAAAAAAAAAAGAUAUCCAUUAUGAUAAACUAUUA